AUGGCUGUGCCUCCUGCGUCUGCUGCUGCUGCUGCCACUAGCUCGCCUUCUGCCGCUCCCUCGCCUCGCUCGCCGACGCCGCGUGCUCCUGCUGCAGUCCCUGCUGUUCCGGCUGCCAUGGUCGAUGUUCCUGCUGGUGCUGUAACUCCACCGUCACCUGUACGGGCUCCCGUUGUUCCCUCGUCGCCUGUACGGGCUUCUGUUGCUCCCUCGUCGCCUGUACGGGCUCCUGUUGCUUCAUCGUCGCCUGUACGGGCUCCUGUUGCUCCAUCGUCGCCUGUACGGGCUCCUGUUGCUUCAUCGUCGCCUGUACGGGCUCCUGUUGCUCCAUCGUCGCCUGUACGGGCUCCUGUUGCUCCAUCCCCAAACGACGCGGCUGCUAAAGCUCCUGGCUCAAGUCUCAUGCCUCCCCGUUCGCCUUCGUCUCCUGUUGGCUCCUCUUUGGCUGCGCCUCACGAUGCCUCUGCGUCGUCGCCGCCCACCGUGCUCCAGCAACUCAUCUACGAGAUCACGAUCGAAGGGUUGUGUGGAGAUGACGUUGAUGAUGCUGGUGAUGAUAGCGUUGCAGUUGAGGAUGUUCCUCUUCAAGAGGUGGGAUUGUUUAACGACGAAGAUGAGGAGGACACCCAACGGACGAAGCGCGCUCGGCUUCGUCGUGGCGAUGAGACGUCGGACUGGCAUCCCUUUCCGCUUCCGAAAGCUCCGGAGAGACAUCUAACUACGAACCAUCGCAACCACUAUAAUCCGGAUGCUCCUUGGGAUUAUGCGAACUCGGCUGGAAUUACACGCUUGCUUGACGUCGAAGGGGGAUCUCCGCACCGCUGCUAUCUUGUUCAGUGGAAGGGUCGUCCGCUGCAGAUGAGCUGGGUCUGGAUGGAGUUGCUGGACAAGGAAUCGACGCGGUACAUGAUGCAAAAUGUCGACGAGUGGAAGGCUUCGGGUUCUGAAAAAACAUUCAUGGGAUGGUACGACGUUCGUGCUAGUGCUUCCGAAGCUGGAUGA